ACUGCAGUCAGUAGAAAACAUUACGUUUCAAGAACUCCCCUCAGGUUCUCAUAAUCUGCUGGCGAAGCGACGGCAACGUGUCACCCAAACUCUUCAAUUUCCCGCACCUAACCAUCUAAAUUCAUUCGAUUCUUCAAUUUCACUUCUGCAAACCUUCUCCUCAAAUCUUAACCACCUUCCUAAACUCUGGAAGAAGACGACUGACUAGGAACCUGUUUUUCCCGUCAUGGGUCCUGAUUCUCCGGCUAAGCCAACUCCGGCACCAGAUCAGGAAGAAAACUCCUCUAGCCCCACCACCGCUCUGCUCUCUUUCGACACCGAUGCAUAUUCUUCAAACCCAUCUCAUAAAACCAGCAUUCUCUUCAUUUCUCUCACUUUAAUUACUUGUAUCGCUCUCUCCGCCGCUUUCGCCUUCGCCUUCCUUUUCUUCUCCGCUGCCUCUUCCUCCGCCGGUGUUGAUUCCACUGCCCGUGCUCUCACUAAGCUGAAACGUCCGGUGGUUAUAUUGAUCUCAUCCGAUGGGUUUCGAUUUGGGUAUCAAUUCAAAACCUCAACCCCUAAUAUUGACCGUCUGAUCGCUAAUGGGACUGAGGCUGAGAGGGGUUUGAUUCCUGUUUUCCCAACUCUGACAUUUCCCAAUCAUUACUCGAUCGUCACUGGCCUUUAUCCGGCUCAUCACGGCAUAAUCAACAACUAUUUUCUCGAUCCGGUGACUGGAGAUGCCUUCACGAUGGCUAAUCACGACUCUAAAUGGUGGCUUGGCGAGCCACUGUGGGAGACGGUGACCAAUCAAGGACUCGGAGCGGCAACGGUUUUUUGGGUUGGCGCUGAGGUAAAAAAAGGCUCAUGGUCUUGCCCUGUUAAUUUAUGCCAUCAUUAUAACCAAUCGGUUCCAUUUGAGGAACGAGUAGAUAUGAUUUUGCAGUAUUUUGACUUGCCUAGUGAGGAAAUUCCUGUAUUUAUGACUUUGUAUUUUGAGGACCCGGAUCAUCAAGGUCACAAGGUUGGGCCUGAUGAUCCACAAGUCACUGAGGCUGUUGCUAGAAUUGAUUCAAUGCUUGGGAAACUCAUUUCUGGCUUGGAAAAAAGAGGAGUUUUUGAGGAUGUCAAUAUUAUAUUAGUGGGUGAUCAUGGAAUGGUUGGGACUUGUGAUAAGAAGUUGAUUUUUAUUGAGGAUUUAGCUCCAUGGAUUGUGAUUCCAGACAGUUGGGUUCAAUCAAGAACUCCUCUGUUGGCAAUUCGUCCACCUCCUGAUAUUUCACUUUCCGAGAUUGUUUCAAAAAUGAAUGAGGGUUUGCAAUCCGGGAAAGUUAAGAAUGGGAAUCGUUUGAAAAUGUAUGUCAAGGAAGAGCUUCCAUCUCGGCUUCAUUAUAGUGCAAGCGAUCGAAUUCCACCGGUGAUUGGGUUGGUUGAAGAAGGAUUCAAGGUGGAGAUGAAGAAUAGUAAAAGACAGGAGUGUGGAGGAGCUCAUGGAUAUGAUAAUUCAGUCUUCUCCAUGAGAACCAUCUUCAUUGGCCAUGGUCCACAGUUUGCAAGGGGGAGAAAAGUCCCAUCUUUUGAAAAUGUUCAGAUAUAUAACUUGGUUACUUCAAUUCUCAAUAUCAAACCUGCACCUAACAAUGGUUCUGCAUCAUUUCCUCAAUCCAUUCUCUUGCCUUCUUCAUAGAAUCCUAGUACAUUCCUGUCAUAUUUUAUGACCUGCCUGUCGCAAAAUCAGUGCCACGGCCAUUAGGUGUACAAUAAAGUUUCUUUAACUUGAACAACGCCGUGGGGGAUGUUUAAGAAUUUGAACAUGAUGUACAUUGCGGAAAAACAGUGCUUACCUUUUUCUUGCAUGGAUGCCUUGCGAUCAUUGUCGUGAGCGUGAAUCCAUCCGUUAGCAGAUGAUUCUGCGAUGUUCCAUUGUGGUUCACUGAUCGGCAGAAUGACAGAGCUUGUAAUUUUUGUUCUUAUGUUGUUGUUGUUCAUUUGCAAGGGUAUCAUAUUCAAAGACUUUGGUCAGUUGAUAAUAGAUAUCUAAAACAAGUUCCCAUAUCAGUUUCCCUGUUUGUAGUUUAGUAGAUCGUUGUCUUGCCCUCUUGAAUCGCAUCUUUUUAUUUC